AAGCUGAGGCACCACCAUAAGAGAAUCGCAGAUGCGUGUGGCAAUCACUAUACCGACUUAUCACCAACACUGCUAUCACUGCCACCGCAUCUACACUUCAUUCGUCUCCGCCGCCGCCGCCACGAGCAGGAGGAGGAGGAAUACAACCAUGGCCAGCACCAGCAAAUCAGGGGAAUUCACCACAAUCCAAGAAAAGGUCACCUUCGAUAAAGAGAUUAAGAAGAGCAAGUUCAUCGCCAUCGCUGGCCCCAUCUCCGAUGAGAAAUCUGCCAUGUCUUUCCUCUCUCAGGUUCGGGAUCCGCGUGCUACCCAUAAUUGCUGGGCUUAUAAGGUUGGGGAACAGUAUCGGUCCAAUGAUGAUGGCGAACCUUCAGGUACAGCUGGGAAACCAAUACAAUCUGCAAUUGAUUCUUCAGGAAUAGAUAGAGUGAUGGUGGUUGUGAUCAGAUACUUUGGAGGUAUCAAAUUAGGCACAGGUGGAUUGGUUAGGGCUUAUGGAGGAGUUGCAUCAGAAUGCUUGCGAAAUGCUCCAAGAUGCCUUGUGAAAACAAAGGUCCCGAUGGGAGUAGAGGUCCCUUUUGACCUUCUGGGAGUUCUAUACCAUCAGCUGCAAUCUUUUCAAGUUGAAGGUAUCAAGCAGGAUUAUGAUACUGGUAAGGAUGGCACAACUAUGGUUACUUUUAAAGUUGAUUUUGACCAAGCUGAAAAAUUGGAGGAAGCAGUGAAAGCCAAUUGUAGCCGAGAGUUGAAGUUUUUUAAGCGAUGAGACUUGAAAAUGAGGAUUGCAAUUGUAACUUUCUUUUACAUUGUAGAUACAUCUUCGCUACAUGAUGUGAUCAUGUAACAGUUAUGGCCAGUAAAAUUCUUUUGUUACCUCUACCCACAUUCGUGCUGAUGAUAGGACUAAUCUGCUGACACGCCCUAGGUGUGCUUGUGUAACAAUCAUUUAGAAAUGUAUUUGUGAUUUAGCAAUUAUGUUACAUAAUUUGUAAAUUCAGUAGAGCGUUUUACAA